AUGGCCGGGACGGACACUGAGGCUCAGAAAAUCCCCAAUGGCAGCACCCCUCACAUCAUGUCUUUGAACGAGGAGCUACUGAAACGAACGGAGGAUGCAUCCGAACAGCCGAACCCCAGUGUGUACCUGGGCCUUCGUCUUUCUGAUUACCACAUACGAGAGAAGGAGAACCAGUACCUCCAGCGACUGAAGGACGUCUUCCAGCCCAGUUCCAUCAGCAUUCCAACUCCAGCCAGUGGCCAGGAACAGCCCAAUACUGGCCAGCUGGCCCUCUACCUCUUAGCACUACGGGCCGCAUGCCAGGACAUGGAGACACCCUUGCAGCGGCAGCUAGUGACCCAGCUUAAGUUACACCUGCAUAAAGAAAAGGAAUCUAUAGGCCACAAGAACAACGGUCGCCCUCUGACCAACUACUACCAAUACGGCUUGGGGGUUUUGGCUUUGUGUGUCCACAACAAGAAGGUUGAUGUGCAUGUGAUCAACAAACUCUUGGCUGAAGAGAAGCAUGGCGGAUUUGAGCGCGGAAGCCAGCUGUUUGUUGACACAGAGGCUAUGUCUGGUUUGGCCUUCGUCUGCUUGGAACGAGCCACCUUCUAUGUGCCUGAGCUGGUGGCAGAGCUCAACCAAGCAGUCCAAAGAGUGAAGAAGAAGAUCCUCCAGGCUCAGACUCCUGAUGGGACUUUUGGGAACAUUUACAGCACCCCCCUGGCAGUGCAGUUUCUCAUUGCGGCGGGGGUGAGGAACAAGGAGCCAGAGUGCCCCAAUGGCACGGCUGCUGUGCUUAGGAGCCUGAAGAAAGGCAGCUUCCAAAACCCCCUCGUUGGGUCCCAGUUGCUGCCUGUGCUGCACGGGAAGAGCUACGUGGACAUUGCCAGCAUGGAGUGCCAAGCCGAGGAAGACAGUCUGGUACUGAGCACCUCUGCUCCUGCUAGGGUGACCUCCCAGGACUCAAAGAUCACCAUCCACCUGACUGUGAAACGCCCACCACGUAAUCCGCCAUUGUACAAUGAAUUCGUCAGAGUUCCAGCUGGCUCCUCCUUGCUAGAUGUGCUGAAAGCCGCCGAGAAGCGGAGCUUCAAGCCAUUCUCGUUUGAGACUCAGGAGACCCUUUCUGGCCCGAUGCUUACUUCAGUGAUGGGGGUGAAAGCGAGUCAAGGAGAGCGCAAGUACUGGAAAAUUCUCCAAUUCCCACACACCACCGUGGAGCAGGGUAUUGCUGAUUACAUCCCACAAGAUAAAGAAUCCAUCAUCUUAAAAUUCAUCCGUUGGUAG